GCAUCGUGACGUGUUGUUUGGCUGCUAAACUGACGUGUUGACUGUCUUUACGAAUAUAUUUGUUGAUGCACACCUCUCCCUUUUUGUUCUUCAUUGCUCCUCAAAUGUUUCUAAUAAAGAUGCUGGCAGAACCCAUCUAACGGUAAAUGUUGACGUUAACGCGAUUAGCGUAGCAAUGUAUCGAUUGCCACCGCACACACACGAAGUGGCAAUUUCACUGCCAACCACAAUGCCAAAUAAUACCACGACACAGUAUGUCUUGUGAUCGCUGCACCCUAGUUAAAGCUCAGUAGUAUACCUGUAUCAUGGCUACACAUCCCUUGUGUCACGUUGGCACACCAUCUCUGGGGGACUGGCCAAGAAUGGGCACAUACCGGUGUCACAUAGGUAGCGCCGAAUUCGUCUAUUUGGGCACAUACCCAAUGACCCAAGUUGUCUACUAGGCCAGACAGUAGCCAGCAGAAAAUUAUACCUAGUGGCCUAAGCUAUAGUAGACAACUUGGGUCACUGGGUAUGUUAAAGAGGCUAGAUACAGACAGACACAUAGACAUUCCCCCCAAGAAUGCCAAUUGUAUUAACAAAUAUGACAGCCAGCUUGGUAGGUUAUCAUUGCUGCCCACACUAAGGUGCACCAAUGCUUUGCACUGCUGAUCGGCAGACUUCUGCUCAGAAAAUGCAUCAGUGAACUUCGUGGCGUGCCCUACCACGACAUCCACUUCGGUCGAAAUGAGCAUAACAGUGUUGGCAGCCGACGACUACCCCAAUGUCGGCGUUGACGUCAUGAAAACAGAGUAUUCCGGCGGCAAAACGAUACACGAGUUCUUCGCAGUCAUGGAGAGGCAGUUCACUCCAAAAGAAUGGAGCUUCAUUGAGCAGCCAGGCACCGAGAGUGACUUGCUUAGACGUUUUUGUCGACUUUGGUGCUUGAAGGAGAGCUUUGUCAAGGCUACAGGCGCUGGACUGACUAUUGAUCUGCAGCGGUUGAAUUUCAAUUGCCCAACAAAAGACCUCAAGCAGGGCAUAAUGACAAGUGACACGAAGCUGUAUUUUGACAACCAGCUGCUUAACGACUGGAUAUUUCAAGAGACAAUGCUUGAUCAUGACCACUGCGUCUGUACAGCCCUCAACUUUGGAAACGAGACCACUUCACCAGAUUGCAAGCACUUCACCGUGCUGACCUUCGAUGAACUUACCAGUGGAAGUCAUCCUUUGGGUUCUUCAAAUGACUUUGACUGGACCCAGUUCGUAGAAAAGUCAGAAUUUCCAAGCUGAACCAAAAGAAUAUUACACUAUUAAAUAUCCUGCGCACAGUUUAUUCUUCAUGUAAAUAAAAGCAUUUUCAGAAAUUUACA